GCGUUUUCGCUUUCGUUCCCCAGAACCCCAUCGCGCCCACUGCGCAGCUUCAGAACCAUUUCAUCCGAUCCUUCUUCCGCCUCCUCUGGGCGCAUCAUGACGACGAUCUUUGACGGAUAUGACGAGGAGUACAAGAGCUUAGCGCAGUCUGUCUCGAGCAAGAUUAGUGAGAUCGCCAGCUACGAAGAAGAGCCGGACAAGCGACGCACAGCGAUCACGCACGCUACCGACCUCCUCACCCAAGCGUCGCAACUGAUUCAGCAAAUGGAAUUGGAAGUGCGAAGCUUGGAUGCUGCGACCAAACGUGAGCUGUCGAAAAAAGUCGACCAGUACAAGAAGAGCCUCAAGUCCCUUUCGGACGACCUCAAGAACAUCAAGGCCAAGGAAGACAAGGAAGGCUUGUUCGGGUCCGCUGAAGCUCGAAGUCGCAUGGCAGGGGCUACCCAAAAACUGCAACAAACUGGCGACCGCAUCAAAGCUGCUCAUCAAACGGUGCUGGAAACGGAGGAAGUGGCCAUCGGUAUUCAAGAAGAACUUGGACGCAACCGUGAGAAAAUCCAGGCGACACACGACAAGGUGAAAGGCGUGAACGACAUGGCGCGCUCUGGGGGCCGCAUCCUCGGCCGCAUGUCGGCGCGGGACAAGCGGCAAAAGCUCAUCUUGUACGGGGUCAUGGGGUUCAUGGUGCUUGCCAUUCUCAUCGUGCUGUUCACCACCAUCUUUGGCAAGUCGUAAACCUGUCGCGAAGAGAAUACUAGUAGUAUAUUAUUUUAUCACGUUUUCGUACAUACUUCCAAGUAUUAAUAGUAUGAAUAACUUUAUUACUAUUAAUACGCGGGGUACGUCGAAGUAUAUAUUACUAGUACUACUAGUAGUAUUUAUUUAAAACAGACGUCGCAAUAUAGAAUCCACUGGAUGAAUGAAUGUUACC